AACAUCCAAUCUGCCGCGGUGAUACCACAUGUGCCUGAACGGGGUCGCUACACGACAUCGAUGAUGAUAGCGGAGUUACAGCGAGGCAGCAAGCACCUGGACUUUGGGAUCAUUAGCGGGCGCUCGGCUAUAAAAGCCGCGGGAGAACAUCAGCUGAGCAGAAGCACUGCAGAGUUCACUCUCAGAGAAUCUCACAGAUCCAGCAACCAUGAAGGUCCUUGCCGUGUUAGUUCUGGCCGUUUUCACUGGCUGCAAUGCCAACGUCUUCUACGCUGAUGCCCCCAAGCCUCAGUUGGAGGUCCUGACCGACGCUUUCUGGGACUACGUGGCCAAGGCCACCCAGACCGCUGACGACACCCUCCAGAUGAUCAAGAAGACUGACUUCGGACAGGAAAUGAGCGCACGUCUGGCCCAAGGCAGCGAGGCAGCCAACCAGUACGCCCUCACCCUGCACGAGCAACUUCCCCCCGCCGCUAAGGACAUGAUCAUCACCGUGAGUUCCGAGGCUGACGCCCUGAAACAACGCGUGAGCAUGGAGCUGAACUCGAUCCGCGGGAAGCUGGAGCCCUACACCGAGAACAUGAGAGUCCAGGUCCAGCAGAGGGUGGAUCAGCUCCAGGUCGAAAUCAACCAACUGCUCGCCAUGGAUCCCGAGACCCUGAAGACCGAGCUGGUUAGAAGAACCGAGGAGCUGAAGGCCAACCUGGAGCAGAGCGUUGCUGAUCUGCAGGCUCAGCUCGGUCCCCACACCGAUGACCUGAAGCAGAAGGUGGACCAGCACCUGCUCACCUUCAAGGAGCGUGUGAGCCCCCUGGCCGAAAAGGUCCAAAUGGAGCUGACCCAGAGAGCCCAGCAGGUGAGAGACCUCGCCACUCCUUACGUUGGUGAGCUGAGGGAGACCCUGGACCCCUACGCCCAGGACCUCCAGGACCGUCUGAUCGCCCUUUACCAGUCCUUCGUCACAGCCAACUAAGUCAACCUCGACAAAACUGAAACAUGAACCGCUACACACUGAAACAUCAGCAUGCAAUUCUCAUGGUUUGUCAACAGGAGGCGAGACUCGCUCCUCAUGUUCAUGGAAAUGUUUACUGUAGUACUCGGUGUUGGUCUGUGACCAAGCAGUCUUCCACCUAAAAUAAAAACUUUAAAAAAAUA